UAUUUCUGUGUCCCACCUCAUGUUGAACAAUGGACUUAAAUCUCACCGUGGUUUGGACCAGUGAACUGCACACUUUACAGCCCUACCUUACCAGAUGUAAUAUAUUACUCAUUACUAAAUAUUACUAUUAAUAUUACUCCCUGCUAACAGUAAUUAGUUACACUUCUAGUUAUAUUACUUUUUUUGCUACUCACCACAAAAUUGGUAAUUGUGCCCCCUCUCCCCAAAGUUCUGACUUACGCUGAUUAAAAGCCAGUUUUGUUUGUUAAAAUCAAAGUAAUGAGAGUGUUUCCAGCUGCUGAAUGUAAACAUUUCCAUCUUCCAAGCUAGUUUCCUCCAUGAUUACAAAAAUGAAACCAAUAAUCUGAUUGGAUGGUUGAAUUUCAAAUUGGGUGACAACAAAAGUAAUGCUGUAACUAAUUAUUGAUUGGGGGUAACUGUAAUAUUAUUACUGAAAUGUAUUAAUUAUUAGUUACACUAUUAGUUACUGGGGAAAGUAAUCUUAUUACUGUAAUAUUAUUACACUGUACCUCACACGCUGCUUACAGGUAAAGAUCCGACCUCUACAGGUGUCCUGCUAUCAUGGAGAUGCAAUAAAUCUUCCUUCCUCUUGCUAUAAAUACUUUGUGAUAACAUUUGACCCAGAAUAAAGGUAGGAAAACGUUCUACGCCACACAACCGGUUCAGCCCCCUCACAGCCGCGCCCCAUUGCGCACACCUGUGGCGCACAGCAGCCUCACCUGUACGGAGCCUUUUUGCGCCCUGCCCGGGCAGAUAUCAGCUUCUAUUAGCUCACCUGCUCAGACAAUCCCCAUCAGCCCGUUCCUGAACGCGUCUCUCUCUCCCACCUGACAUGCUGGAGCUCCUGGCUUACUUGCAUGACUCCGAGCUUGUGGCCCGGUUCCAGAGACGAUGCGGACUCUUCCUAGUGGAAGCCGCGCAUCACAGCCGAGGAGGGACGCGCGACACCCCACGUGGACAACUGAGGGGACGAUGGGACCACCAGGAUAAUAAUUCAAACUUUAAACACAAGGAGAAUGGAUGUGCCAAUGGUGGCUGCAGCAGGCCUCAGUAUGAGGUGAAGAACUGGCUGUUGUACUUCCUUUUCCUGGUCUCGGCAGGCCUAGGGCAUGAAAUCUUCUACAUCACCUGUCUGCCCAGCAUACACUGGAACCUGGACCCAUUCCUGUGCCGACGCCUGGUCAACAUGUGGACUGUAGUGAUGUAUAUCGGCCAGGUGAUGAAAGAUUUGCUGAAGCUGCCUCGCCCUCUCUCACCCCCUGUGGUCAAGCUGGAGACGCGUGUCAAUGCAGAGUACGGGCUGCCCUCCACCCACUCCAUGGCCGCCACCGCCAUCUCCUUCACGCUUUUACUAAGCGCUCCCUCCAGGAUACAGUUCCAAUUCGAGGUGGGUCUGCUGAUCGCAGUGACGCUGUCGUCCUUGGUGUGUCUGAGCCGCCUCUACACUGGCAUGCACUCGGUUUUGGAUGUGAUCAGUGGCGCUUUAUUGUCCGCCAUCCUCUUGUUCUUCACCUACCCAUACUGGGAAACCUUCGACCACUUCCAGCUCACCAGCCGCAUCUCCCCCAUCGUGGGGUUGUUGCUGCCCCUCUUCCUCAGCUACACAUACCCGGAGCUGGACCAUUACAGCACCACGCGGGGGGACACAACCAUCAUUCUAGGAGUAGGGGCUGGGUGCUCUGUGGGAUACUGGGUGAAUGAGCAGCUGGGGCAGACAUUUGAUCCCCAGGGGGUGCUACCUGUGCCCCUACCCACACUGACGCCAAACGUGCUGGCACUAGGUGCUGUCCGCCACCUCGUGGGAGUUGUAGCAUUAGUGGGAACUCGGCAGGUGGUGAAAAGCUUGAGCCUGCAGGUGUUGUAUUCAUGGUACGGUGUGGCAAAAAAUGACGACAGUGCCAGGAGGAGGAGAGAGAUUGAAGUGCCUUACAAGUUCACCACAUACACUGCUGUUGGACUUGUCAAUUCUAUACUGGUCAAUAGAGUGUUCAUUCUACUGGGGCUAAUGUGAUCUAUUAUCACAAGACUGAUGUAUAAUGACCUGAACUGAACACAAAUGUACCUCAUAUUUAUUUCAAUGUGCAUCAAAUGACCUUUUCUACAGGUUAACUUUCUCAUACAAGCAGCUUCGGCGGGGAAUGAUUGAACAGUGUACUUGUAACUGAGCUGAAAGCAAAUACGAUAUUUU